ACAUUUAAGGCUACCGCUUUAAUUGACAAGCAGCGACCAUGGACGACUAUCUGGCAGAAGAGGAGCAGACCACGUUUGUCGUCGAAGAAGUGAGCAGAAUCAUAAAAGAUUCAGUAGAAACAACCAUAGGAGGAAAUGCUUACCAACACAACAGAGUGAAUCAAUGGACAAACAGUGUAGUGGAGCACUGCCUCAGUCAACUCAGCAAACUGGGGAAACCCUUCAAAUACAUUGUUACUUGCAUCAUUAUGCAGAAAAAUGGAGCAGGACUGCAGACAGCCAGUACAUGCUUCUGGGACAACACUACUGAUGCUACCUGUGCAGUGACAUGGCAGAACAAGUCCAUGUACUGCAUCGUCAACGUGUUUGGUUUGGCCAUCUGAAAACACGACAUCCAGUCUGAAAUCUGUAUAUUUUUCUUUUUAUAUACAGUAUAAUAGUGUUACCUUGUUAAACAUUUAGGUUUGAUUUCAAUGUUUAGUGUUAAGUGCAACUGAUCGCAACAAUACUAUGCCAUAUCUACUUUGCUUUAUUUACACGUCACAUUACACCGCCACAUGUACAGCCUUUAACUCACAGAGAAACAGCAUUUCAAAAGAACGUAUUUUGAACACCUUAAACAUAAACUAGUCACACUUACAUUUACAUAUUAGAAUCAUUUAAAAUGAAAAGUAAAGACAAGGC